CGGCUAUCCUCUGCACGUGUUUUUGUUUUGACUUUGUGCCUUCUGCCUGUCCCAGAAAGAAAAAGAAAAAUCGUGCAAAAUGUGUGAAGAAAACAUUAAAUUAGGUGAUUAUAUUGUAAUUCAACGACAGAAAUACACAAAGUUGUACAAGUUUACUGGAAAAACUGCAGUAGCCGUUUUGGGUAAGCAGAAAAUAGACUUGUCCAGCAUUGAGGGUCUGCCCUAUUUCUCGACAUUCCGAAUGAUGCCCCAGAAUGGGGAUAAAAGUGGAGUUUUCAAAUUGGAAAUUUGCACAAAUCCUCAUGACAUCAAGGAGUCUAUCUCCAUAGACAAAAGUGGAACAGACAAUAGAGAUAUUUUGGAUGAUGGAAGAUCUCAGGUGCUGACUGAGGAUGAGAUUAAGAAUCUCAGGGAAACUUGUGAGACAUCGACAGAGAUUGUCGAGCACCUCGUGGACAAUUCAAAGACUUUCAAUUCCAAGACAGAAUAUGCCCAAGAGAAGUAUUUGAGGCGAAAGGAAAAGAAGUAUUAUGAGUAUGUGCAGAUCCGGAAGCCAUCGGUGAGGCUUAUCUUUGACAUCUAUUUUCGCCAAGAUCCAGACAAGAUGAUGAACAUGCGAAUGGAUACUCUUUCGCAAAUAAUCUCAUAUUCUGGCAUCUGUAGCACUGGACAGUACAUGGUUUAUGAAUCUGGAACUAAUGGGAUAUGCCUAGCAGCAUUUCUCAACUCAAUGGGCGAUGCUGGAGAUUCCCACAUCGUUUAUGUCCACCAGGGAAAUGUUCCGCACAAGCAAGCUGUCUUGGCGUUGAAUUUUCCAGAGUCCUACAAUGAAAAGUACACACCGGUCAACAUUUACUCUGUCCUGAGACAUUUUUACCAAAAGGACUCUACUUCGGACGUGGCUAAGGCCGAAGACACCGAACCGGAACCCAAGAAAGUAAAACUGGAAGAUGAAGAGAAGAAGAAAUGGGAACUGGAGAAUACCAAAGCAUGUUCAAUUAUGAGGCAAAAAGUGGACUCUUUGGUCAUUGUGGCCAAAGAACAUCCUACAGCAAUCUUCAAGGAACUAGUUCAAUUUGUACGUCCCGGACGACCUUUUGUCAUCUACAGUCCUUACCAAGAAAUUGCAACUGAAUGCUUUACAGAAUUGAAAGCUAAUCAGCCUGUUCUCAACGUUAGAAUCUACUCCAGCUUCCUCAGAACCUACCAAGUUCUCGCUGAUCGAACACAUCCGGACGUGAGUAUGAAUGGCAAUUCUGGAUUUAUAAUUUGUGGAUAUGUAAUAAAUCAAAAUACUGAAUGAAUACAUAUUAUAUUUUUAUUCCAUC